AUGAAAAGUUAUUUAUUAGAAGAAGAUAAAUUGAAAGCAAGUAUAAAAAAAUGCUAUUUUGAAAGAGAUAUAAUUAAAUCAAAAAUAGUAAAUUAUUUAAAUAGAUUAACAUACUUAUCUUCUGAUGAAAGAGAUGAUAAUAAAUAUAAAACGAAGCAAAAAAGAAUAGAUUCAAGUGAAUUUUUAGAUAAUUUGCCAGAUUUUAAGAUAGAAAAAAGGCCAAAAUUAGAGGAAGAUGAAUCAACAUUAACCAGGAAUAAAAGGUUAUUACAAAUAGGAUUAUUUGAUCAUUUAAAAAAAGCUAAAGAUGCAUUAGAACAAGAAAAGAAUAAUAAAACAGUAAUACUACAGCAUUUACAAAAUAAAAGAGUUGAAGAAAAAAUACUAGAAGAAAAGAAAAAUUUUGAAAAAAGUGAAUUAGAAGACAUGGAGAAAAAGAUAACUACUUAUAUUAAAGAUUUAAAAAGAAUUGAAAAAAAUAUAAAACAUGAUGAAGGAAAAUUAAUGAAACUAAAUUUAAUUAAUCAUUAUGAUAAAAUGAAAAAUUUUAUUAGUACUAAUACAUAUCCAACAAUUUUUUGGUGCCCUUUAAAAUUUAAUGAGAAAACAAAAAUCCUACAAAAAAAUACAGAAAAUUUUAUUAAAAAAAAGAUUAGUGCUAUAAAAUCAACAAAUUAUGAAGUAAAUUUUAAGGAAGAAAAUUGGUUAGAACAAUUUUUAGAACUAAAAAAAAAAGUAGAAAAAAAAAAUAAAACGUCUGAUAAUGAAUUUAAAAAUAAUAAUGAGAAUGAAAAAGAAAAAAAUGAUAUAAAUGAAAAUGAAAACAACAAAGAAUGUAAAAAUGAAAAUAGUUUUACAGAAGAAGUAAAACAAAAUAUAGAUGGUAAUAGUAAUAAAGAAUAUGAACUAAACAAUGAUAAAAAAGAAAAAAACAGUUUUGAGGAUGAAUAUGUUACUAAAGUUAUUGACAAUGAUUACUGCAACACGAACACUAAAGAAAACUCAAAUGAAAAAGUAGGAAAAAAUUUAAAAAAGAAUUCACAUGAAGAAAUUAAUAAAAGGGAAAAAGAAGACUCAAAUGAAAAUUUAAAAGAAAAUCUUAAAAAUACUGUAGAAGACAAUUCAAAUGAAGAUUUGAAAGAGAAUCUUAAAAAUACUGUAGAAGACAAUUCAAAUGAAGAUUUGAAAGAGAAUCCUAAAAAUACUGUAAAAGAAGAUUCAUAUGAAGAUGUGAUAGAAAAUAUAGAAAAAAAAAUAUAA